AUGGCAGAAGCCCCACUUGAGUCACGCAAGUUGUACGUCCGCUCGGAGGAUGCCCAAAAGUUCGUCGAGGAUGUUUUGAAGGGUAACGGCGUGUCUGCGAAGAACGCUUCUACUGUUGCAAGGUGUCUUGUUCAAGCAGACUUGCGUGGAGUGGACACACACGGGAUCAACAGAAUCCCGUCUUACAUGGCGCGCAUCCAGCAAGGUGCCCUUGACGCGGCAGCCGAUCCGGUCGUUACGAAGGUUACUCCGGUGGUUGGCCAGGUCGAUGGUCGGAAUGGGUUCGGCUUCGUUGCCGCACAUGCCGGCAUGAAGCUGGCCAUUGAAAUGGCUGAACAAUUCGGGAUUGGGAUGAUCAGCAUUAAGCAUUCGAAUCACUUUGGCAUGAGCGCGUGGAUCGUCCAGCAGGCUAUUGAUGCGAACAUGAUGAGCCUGGUGUUCACCAACUCAAGCCCCGCCCUGCCAGCAUGGGGAGGAAAGAGUAAGCUCAUGGGCGUAUCACCGAUCGCCUGUGGUGCUCCAGGACGGGAUAAACCGUUUAUUCUUGAUAUGGCUCCUUCCGUAGCAGCCCGCGGCAAGAUUUACAAGGCCAAACGCCGCGAGGAGAAGAUCCCAUUAGACUGGGCGCUGGACGCUGAAGGAAAUCCCACCGAUGAUCCAACUGCCGCACUUGGAGGAGUCAUGCUUCCUAUGGGCGGACCAAAAGGGUCUGCACUAGCUAUCAUGAUGGAUGUCUUCUCGGGUGUCCUGUCAGGUUCUGCUUUUGCUGGCCACGUCACAGGUCCUUACGACCCAUCUAAACCUGCAGACGUUGGACAUUUCUUGGUAGCUAUCAAGCCAGAUCUCUUCAUGAGCCUGGAUGAAUUCCGCGACCGAAUCCAGUAUCUGUACGAGCGGGUUGUGGGCUCCGAGAAGGCUGCUGGCGUGGAGCGAAUCUACUUUCCGGGAGAGAUUGAGCAGCUUACUCAGGCGGAGAGGCUGAAGAAUGGAAUCCCAUAUGUUAGUGCCGAGAUUAAUGCUCUGAACGCAGAGGCAACGAAAGUCGGUGCCGCUGGUAUAAUUGUGCGGGAUCAAUGA